AUGAGUCGAAGGAAAGGCACCAUUUUGCCACCCCUUAUUAAAACCAUUACCUUCGCACUUCUAACAUUCGCAAGCAACUCUUCCUUCCAGAGUAACCUUAGCCAGUCGUGCAACGGACAAAUAUGCCUGCUUAGUAGCAACGCGGAAGGAGCGAAAAUUGGAGGGCAACUCGGAAGGCCACUCGAAAGGCCACUCGCAAGGCAGCUGUGGAGCGAACUAGACGCGGAGGAGCAGGAUCAUUAUGGCACCGUGAAAAGAAAAAUCAUCGAUCUGCUUCAGGAAGAUGACAAAACUUUCGGAAAACGGUUACUCGAAUUGGUGAAUGAUGGCUACUUCGUAAACCAGAUUGGUGCGCUACCACACCACGAUUGCAUGGAGGAAAAAAUUGGCUCAGGAAAAUUUAAAGAUAGCAUGGAAAGCUUGUCGUACAGAUCAGAAGAGAGCAUCUUAUCCGAAAAUCCAUAUGACUCCUCCUUCACUUUAGAUGACUACUCGCAAAAUGGGCUGGAUCAUUUACAUCACAGGGGUGUCCACAGAAGGGACUCCAUGCCAUGGUGCCAUAACGAACUCAUAGCGAAGAACUCGUUCGAAGAGAACCCCCUCACUGAGUUUUACAAAGGCGAAAUGCUCUUAAGAAAGAAACAUAAGUCCAAGCUUAAAAGAAAGUUAAGAAAAUUAGACGCUAAGGUGGAGGUCGAGCUCUUGCGACUGAUGAAAAUGGAAAUAAAUAAUCAUACGGGAAUUAUUGGAUCGGAUAGAAAAUUACAAAAAAUGAUUUACAUUAAAAAAUCGUUGAAAUUAUUUUCUCCCAUUUUAGUUAGCUCAGUUAUUUUCUUUUUAUCUAUAAUAUCUAUCACAACUGCAACAACUCUCCUCGCCCCUGGUUUCAUCAUGUCUGUAAUCAUAGCCUUCCUAUCCUAUGGAACUUUCUUUACAAAUGGAAUUUACUUCAUAUACAAAUUAAUAAAACUGGAUCGCAUGAAGAGCGUUUUUGAGAAAUUUAGGGAAAGUCAUUUAUAUCUAUAUCAUUAG